AAUCAUCAUCGUGUGGGCACCAUGGCUGCCCUGAACUCUGUCGUCUUGCGGCACCCCUUCGCCAGCUCCGAUGCACUGUGACUCUCGAAAGCGACAUGACUGCCACGUGCGAUUUCUUCUGUGGAUGGAUUGCAGGUGCCUGUGGAUUGGUGGUUGGACAUCCUGCUGACACAAUCAAGGUGCGGCAACAAACCCUCAGUCAAGCAGGUGCGUGGCAGUGUGCAGCCAGCACUCUCAAACAUGAAGGAUUCCUCGGCUUCUAUAAAGGAAUGUCCUUUCCUGUGCUCUCAGCCGGGCUGAUGAACUCGCUCUAUUUUGGCGUCUAUGGAACUAGUCUGCGACAAAUGCAGUCGCUGCUCAGCGACGAUGUCAGACCUGAGAGCGAGGCCAAUCUGACCACCGUCUUUCUUGCCGGCUGCAUAGGGGGCGUUGCUCAACUUGGGGUUGCGUGUCCUGUUGACCUAGCUAAAAUCAAACUGCAGAUUCAGACUGGCUCGUCUGCUUCGUGGGGCUCCAACCAACCAAGCCACUUCAAGGGCCCUGUCGACUGUCUGCUCAAAGUUUUCCAAGCUGAAGGCGUCAGUGGUCUCUACAGAGGUCUCACUCCAAUGAUCUUGAGAGACAUUCCUGCAUCAGGGGUAUACAUGCUGGUUUACCAGGCAACUCGCAGGGCGCUGAAACCCUUGGAAACCAGCAAAACGACGCUGCUCAACACCUUAUUUGCUGGAGGAUUGGCUGGUUCAGUAUCUUGGGGUGUGAUCUUGCCCCUUGAUGUGAUCAAGUCGCGGCUGCAGGCAGACAAUGGCGCUCAGCCCAAGUAUCGUGGCAUGCUGCACUGUGCGGUGAGCAGUGUCCGCACGGAAGGCCUCCGAGUCUUUGGCCGCGGCUUCUGGCUGGUUGUGGGUCGCGCCUUCCCUGUCAACGCGGCCAUCUUCAUUGGCUACGAACACUGCAUGAAGUCAUGUGGCGCCCUAGUGUAAAAUAUUAUAAUUAAAAACAGGUCGCACACGUGGUCAUGUCGACGAUCGAGUGAUAAGGAACAAGAAGAAAAGAAAGCAAAGACUAAAAGCUGACUUGGACCACACAGAUUUGUUGGUCGUGCAAAAUCAUUCCGGUCCUUGGAGGGGACUUUGUUCUUCCAUGUUGGUUGUAAAUACUUACACAUUAAAACGCGUUUACUGACGAAGCUGCAAAUAUUCUUGCUGGAUAAAACUUCUUGCGCUGUCUUAAAAUUUCCCUUUCCCCCAAUCAUCCUGCUGACCCACGUGCAAAAAUAAUUAAGAACUAUUUUGGCCCUUCUCGCAGUUGAUCAUAUGAUUAUUAUUUUCUUUCAAGUUGACAGAUGAUGAUAUCCUCUGUAUCUCUGUUCGGGGUUUAAUAAAUUUUGUUACGAGCUUGUAUAAAAAG